GCGCGCGGCGCCAGGAGGGUGGAGGCGCAGUGUCGCGAGGUGCGUCUGGAAGGCCUGAGAGGCAGCUCCCACCGUUGCUGCCCAGGUAUGCGGCUGCGCUGUGUGUCGUCUGCCAGACUGGGACCGCGCCGUGCUCGGCUGGGCUGCUGACCUUCACGUGGGCGCCCGCCCGCGCCGCCGACUCUGUCGUGCGUAUCACGCCAGGCGACGCGAUGCCGCGCAAGCUGCUCAAGUUCCUGAUUUUGUUCGACAACGCGAACCUGCUGUACUUCCCGGGCCAGUUCGUCAGCGGCCGGGUUCUCGUCGAGCUGGAGGAUGAGACGCCAGUGCAAGGAGUUUUCUUCCACGUGGUGGGCGAAGGUACUGUCAAAGUUAGUGACAACCAGAACCAGAGGCACACCGACAAGGAAAACUACAUCGACUUCAAAAUGAGGCUUCUCGGCGAGCACGGACACGCGCCUGUCCUGCUGUCGGCCGGCAUUCACAGCUUCCCAUUCAAGCUGGGCCUGCCGCUGGGCCUGCCGUCGACCUUCCUGGGAAAGCAUGGCUGGGUCCAGUUCUUUUGCAAGGCCGCUAUUAAGGAGGACAGCGGGCUCGUGCACAAAAACCAGCAGGUCUUCAUCGUUAUGAACCCGAUCGAUCUGAAUGUGGAGCCUCCAGUGCUGGCGCAACCUUUCCACUGCGAGAUCGAGCACAAGCUGGGCCUGACGUGCGUGACGGCGGGAGCCGUGGUGUGCCGGGUGCGGCUGGACCGCGGCGGCUACGUCCCUGGAGAGACCAUCGGCGUAUGGGCCAGCGUCACCAACCACAGCAAGGUCACCAUCAAGAAGACGGCCGCCUGUCUCAGCGAGACCAUACACUACUUGUCACGGAGCAAGAUCGUCAACACCGAGAGGAGAGAGCUGUCAAGGGUAACGCGCGGCAAGAUUCGCGCCGGCGAAACGGACGACUGGAACAACGAGCAGUUGUUCGUGCCGCCCCUGCCUCCCACUAAUCUCCGCGGGUGCCAUCUCAUUAAGAUCCAGUAUGACGUCUUCUUCAUCAUCAAGCCGGACAACCUGGAGAAGGAGAUCAAGCUGCAGCUGCCGAUCAUGAUCGCCUCCUACCCUUAUCGCAACGCCGACGGCACCCUGAGGAGGAAGCGGGGCGCUGAGUACCCGGCUAGUCUGCCGGUCUUCCGGCCCUGGCUCGACGUCAAGCAGAAGGUGCUCGUCUAGCGCCGCGCCCCGCCUGGCGCCCGCUCUCGUUGGUCGUGAUGCUGAACGGUGUGCCACGUGACCGCCGCCAGAGAGCCACCAGGAGCCUGGGAAGCUACCCCGUCCAUGUGGUGCCGGCCGGUGGCAGCGCCGCGCUUCGGUGCCCGUGGCGAUGCGCCACUGCCGUCACGUGACAGGCCCGAUGUGAGAGGCGGCGGCAGCGGCCGGGACGGGAGCCAGGGCCCGCCAGGAUUGAUCACCGACGCGGCCGCACUGCCGUGCCAGUAAUUGUCGGCGAACCCGAUCGUAACACCGGCUCAUUAUUUUAAAUCCUGCGUGAUGAAUCGCGUGCUUAACGGAGAGAUUCCAGUGGCGGGCCGGAUCUCUUCACACCAGCUGAUGGCGGCUGAGCGGCCACCAGCUGAGUGCUGGUACAC